GCCGCGAAGGAGAGUGUGUCGAUCGAGGGGUAUCAGGCGGCGAGCGUAGUGGAGAGAAAGGAGCGAGAACGCGGAGGUUUAUUCGAAAUCCCGUCUCGCUCAGAGCGAUUGCGGAGAAAUCGUCAGGUUGAUUCAGUCGCAAGCGCAUCUCUUAGCGAACAUCAGCUCGCCGAGUAGAGCCGAUUCGAGCCGAUUAGAGCCAGAGACCACCUAAGGAUCAGCUGCGCUAGAUCCUGUCGAAUAAUCUGAUUCUGAGAAAGAUACUGGGAGUCGUCGUUGGAGGAGAACAGUCGAUUGACAGUGCACGCAGGCUACGCGCAAGAGGAGAAGGAAGCAGUUACGUUGUUGUUAUGGUGACGACCCCCGAGUGCAAUUCGCCGAGAAGAUCAUCUCGAUAAGGCAAGGAGUUCAAUAUCGUGUCGGAGUCAUGAGCUUCCGAGAAGACAAAAAGGGAGAGAAGCCUGCUGAGAGCCCUGCGAUGAUGGAGACAAGCGAUGGAUUCCUCCAGCGCGAUGUCGAGGAGAGCCAUGCUGCUCGGAAAGGGUCAGCGGUCGGAGAGGAAGAUGAAGUUCCCGAGCUUCGCGAGGGUCGCUUCGCGCAACGCAUGAAAAAGGGCAAAAUGUGGACCUCGGAAGACUCCUAUGAGAACGACCGGGAAGUCAUGAGAAACAACAACCCGAAAGAGAAAGCUCUAUGGGCCGCCGAGAAGAACGAGCUCGAGUUGCUUCAAGAACUUGUAGCUUCCGAUGCCAGCCUUGUCCAUGCUCGGGACUCUGACAGCUACACUCCGCUCCAUAGAGCUUCGUACAGCGACAACAUCGAAGUCAUCAAGCUUCUCUUGGAAAAGAAAGCCGACAUCGAAGCUCGCACCGCCGACGGCUGGACUCCGCUACAUUGCGCCGCCCGAUGGGAUAAUGUCCAGAGUGCAGCGAUUCUCAUCGCGGCCGGCGCGAACUUCAAUGCUCGCACCAACGGAGAUCAGACCGCGUUGCAUUUGGCGGCGUCCAACAGGGAGGGACGAGAAACAUUGGAGCUCCUACUGUGGCAGAGCGGUCUCGACACGGACAAGAAGAACAAAGCCGGAGAUCUGGCCUUCUCGCUGGCCACGCGGAACGGUAAUCUCGCCGGUCUGUUCGAAAUGGUCGAACCCUCCGUCAACUGUCUCCGGCCCCGAGCGUGAAGCGAUUCGGAGCUGUUCGAAGCGAUGCUCCAGCUGCCUCGCAUUCGUAUCCGAAUCUCAUAGCGCUCCAUCAAGGCAGUGAAUUGAGAAUGCGGAAUGGACCGCCGAUUCAUCCGGCUUUGAGUGCAUCAUCGAAUCUCUCUAUCCACUCGUCUGUUUGUGUCUUCCGCUGCUCAGUCGGAUCAUUCUCCGCUCAACUAUCGCUGGAGAGAAUGAGGCUGUUCUUAUUCAUGUUCUUAGCCUUAUUGUUAGAUGCAUGAAGCCGACAUUCAUCCUAGUCUGUACUGCUUCGUCGGUGCCCUCGACGAGAGCCGCGACCGGGGCUCAUUCCUCCGGGAUGCAUCGGAGGAGCCUGGGUCUACAAUGAUCUCACCUGUUAUGUUUUGAGGAAUAAAAUUUCGCUCCUUUCCCACUUCAUUCAAA